UGUACUGUUUUCACACCUUUUACGACACUCCAUGAAGUUGGGUUCCGUGGGAUAUGAAACUUGCAAUGGAGAAUAAUGCUCAUCAUUCUACAGACAAACUUGAUAGCCAAAGUUAUUUAACUAACGAAAAGACAUGUUGGCAGUCUGGUGGAAUAGAAAGUGAGGAAGAAGACAUUGACAUAGAAGACAUAGAGGAUAUAGAGGAAUGUGCGGGACAUUCUGACUGUGUUUCCGAGGGACAAAGUUCAGAACAAAUUAAAACCGAGGGAAAUUUAGACAGUACUGUAGAGAAAAGUUUAACAAAUGUAAAUAAGAAACGUUCAAAUCUUGUGAAACCACCGUAUUCUUAUAUAGCCUUAAUAACAAUGGCAGUACUACAGUCACCUCGCAAAAGACUGACUCUCUCAGGAAUAUGUGAAUUUAUCAUGAACAGAUUUCCGUAUUUCAGAGAAAAGUUCCCAGCAUGGCAAAACAGCAUUCGACAUAAUCUGUCUUUGAACGAUUGUUUCAUCAAAAUUCCCCGUGAACCUGGAAACCCGGGAAAGGGUAACUACUGGACAUUAGAUCCUAGAUCGGAAGAUAUGUUUGACAAUGGAAGUUUUCUUCGAAGACGCAAACGAUUCAAGAGGUCCUAUCCGGAUAUGAUGCAUCAGCCUACUGCAUUUGGUGCUGAUCAGUACUUUCACCAUCACCAUCAUCAUCCUGGAAUAUUCCAAUCAGCCCAUCCAGCAAUGAUAGGGGCAGGGAUAACUUAUCCGUACCUUUCACCAUUAAUGACAUCUCAAUUACCAUUCCUUACUCAGGAGAUGAACAAUAGGGCUCACCUUCCUGCUAUAUCGUUACCCAGACCGUUAGUAAAUAUAUCGUCUAGUCCUAGUCCAACAACAUCAACACCAGCAAAACCAGGAUUCUCUAUAGACAGUAUUAUAGGUAACACUGACAAUAAAAAGACAGAAGCAUCUAGCACGUCGAGACCGUCUUCUGUAGUGCUUUCUCCGACGUCCGCACUGACCCAGUUUAGAACAAGUGAAUUAGACGUUGCUUCGAGGGUUAAUGCAAAUGCAGCUAUACUUGCGCAAUUUCAAGCUGCUAUACCACACGUAAACUCAUUAGACAUUGAAAAAUACAGACAAUAUUUACAAUUGUACGGACUAAGUGGAUGGUCGCGUUAGUGCAAUAAUUAUUAUUUGUGUAAGUAAACAUUGUUAUUUAUUAUUGUCAUUCCCUGUGUUGAGACCAAAGAUUAUUCAUUGUUCGUUUAAGUGCUUAUAUUUAUAGAUAAUAAAAUAUUCAUGUUGUA